AUGUCAGGGACCUUGGACAAGCAGCAGCUGGUGCCCGGUGGGCACCUACGCCGCUCGGGCAAUGUUCCAGAAACAUUUGCUACAUUAUGCCCCCCUUUCAUCUACAGCAAUUCCAUCAUCGUGGCGGCCACGAGCCCGGUUCUGGAUGAUUCCGACCAAAAGCAAGACGGGUGGUUCAUAAGUGAUUUCUAUGCUUUUAACUACAUUUUCAAGAACCUAGGACAGCACCAGGUGUGGUUGACUAAGGUGGAUCCUAGAAUACUCGUGAAAAAGUUCGGCAACUAUCUGCACGGCAAUCCCUUCAAAGACCGGAAGGUUGUCUUGAGUAAUGAAUUGCUGGACAAUAAAGAAUUGACAGCUGUCACUAUUGUCAAAGACAACUUGCAAGAGAAAUUCAUCAAGGAAGCGAAGCGCGCAUCUGAACUUGCCGUCCAAACCAAUGCACCCCUUCUUCUCAUGCUGUUUUGUCAUGGUAUGGAAGCGGACAGAAUGAAAUCGCCAGCCGGCUCAAGCCGGAUGAUGCUACACAGCAAACAUCGUGGACUUGAGGUUCAGGAUCUAAAAGACGUCUUAAAUCCCAGCGCAAGAGUUACUCUGAUCACAUCGGCCUGCUAUUCAGGCGGGUGGGUGGUCCACCCAGACCUGAACAAUACCAGCAUGGCGGCUGCUGAUGCAACAAGCGAGUCUAUUUCCUGGAAUGCCUCAGGAAGCAUUGGUCGCUACUGUGGCUCUGUGUUUGCUAGCAGUCUGAUCGGCACCCUGACUAGCGUUGCGAGCCCUCUAGUCGAAACUGGCAGCGCCACAGAGAAUCCCGAUGAUCUGAGUUUGAAGUGUCUGUCACUAUCCACAUCUGGUUCACUACAGCCCGAGACACCUACGGAAGAACAGACUCUUUCAUACAAUGCAUUCUGUCACGAAGUUGUUGACACGCUGAGGACUAAGACACGCUUUUCCUUUGCACAUCAUUUGACAUUCAGUGCACAGAAUGAUGAUUGGGAGUCUGCAUGGAUGAAACGGACAGGUAUUCCUCUAGCCUUUUUCUCUGACCGGUGGGACAAACUGGUAUCUUGUCCUUAUUCGGGAGCUCCGAGUCGUCUAGACCAAGACCCCCACAACCCCAUGCUUUCAGAGGACAGUGCUACAGAAGACGUUAUUGUUCGGACCGGUGGAGCAUACUCAGACAUCACAGAUCGGGUGACACUCGCCAUGUUGCAUUCAAGGGCAAUAGACUUGGCUGCUGCGUUCCUUGAGACCUGCCCGGGUGAUGACGACAAAGGUUACGGUCCGCUUUUUACUGGCACGUUGAGAGGACUGAUCUGUGGCGAUGACAAUGUCCCACCGGCAGCAGAAAUUAUAUGCUGGAUCCAAUUUCGCUGGGAUUUUGCCUUGAUGACCGAUGACAUAGUUCGGCAACUGCGCCUUCCCAUGCCAGGCGGGGAGCCCUGCCUGAUGUGGCGUUCUUUCGAAUUUCUUGAAAGUCUGUGGAAAUCCGGCAGAACGGAUUUCCAGGAACGACAUGGAGAAAUGUUUAUGUCUCUGCUGCGUCGAGGUUUUAUCACACGAGGCAAUGAGGACCAAGGUCCACCCUUUAGGCGCCCAGCCUACUAUUUGGCGGCUGCCAUUGUGGCAACAAAUAAGUCUAAGGAGGACUGUGAAGUCCUGGCGGAUCAAGUCGGGGCAUACAUCCACAAGGCAAACAUGUUGUAUGCCGCGAAGGUUCUCGCAGAGUCUCCGAACUUGCGCAGGCGUGGACGGAAUUGGGCAAAGUCGGUCGGCCGCAAUGUGCGGAGAUCACUCUCGCCGAAGAAGAAGCGGUGGUCAAUGCGCGAAAUCAUUGACAGCGACUCCCCGGGAAGCAGUAGCAGUCAGCACCGCCCCAGUCUCGAAACCCAAACACGUCCGCGUGGCCUGUCUGGACUGGGGCAUGUUCUCGACCUCGCCGCCACCAGUGAGUCAAAUGUGGAGAGGCGAAAGGGUGGACAAAAUGGCCGUCGUUAG